GAAAAAAAUGUUUCCAAAAAUGGCAUGGCAGACCUAGGUAUUCUACGAACUCCAUUCCAUGAGCUGAUAUAAAUGUAAUAGAAGGUGAAAUCCUUUCAUUUGUUCCAAGUGAGCUACUGCACAUUUUCACCCUCUCCUGGUGUUUGGGCUGAGGACUGUGAGGAGCUAUGUGUGAUGAUGAUGAAACCACCGCUCUCGUCUGUGAUAAUGGCUCUGGGCUGUGUAAAGCUGGAUUUGCCGGAGAUGACGCUCCACGGGCUGUAUUUCCAUCCAUCGUUGGACGACCUCGGCACCAGGGUGUUAUGGUAGGAAUGGGUCAAAAAGACAGCUAUGUUGGGGAUGAAGCACAGAGUAAAAGAGGGAUCCUGACUCUGAAAUAUCCCAUUGAGCAUGGGAUUAUCACCAAUUGGGAUGACAUGGAAAAGAUUUGGCAUCAUUCCUUUGACAAUGAACUUCGUAUUUGGCAUCAUUCCUUUUACAAUGAACUUCGUGUUGCCCCAGAAGAGCAUCCUGUGCUCCUGACUGAAGCUCCUUUAAACCCCAAGGCUAACCGAGAAAAAAUGACUCAGAUCAUGUUUGAAACAUUCAAUGUACCAGCAAUGUAUGUGGCCAUUCAAGCAGUUCUCUCUCUGUAUGCAUCUGGCCGAACUACUGGAAUAGUUCUGGACUCUGGGGACGGUGUGACGCAUAAUGUGCCAAUCUAUGAAGGUUAUGCCUUGCCACAUGCUAUCAUGAGAUUGGAUCUGGCUGGCAGAGAUCUCACUGACUAUCUCAUGAAAAUCCUUACCGAGAGAGGAUAUUCUUUUGUUACUACUGCCGAGCGUGAGAUUGUGAGAGACAUAAAGGAAAAACUCUGCUAUGUGGCUCUAGACUUUGAGAAUGAAAUGGCUACUGCUGCUUCCUCCUCAUCUCUGGAAAAGAGCUAUGAACUCCCUGAUGGUCAAGUCAUCACAAUUGGCAAUGAACGGUUUCGAUGCCCUGAAACUCUCUUCCAGCCGUCGUUCAUAGGGAUGGAGUCUGCUGGUGUCCAUGAAACAACCUAUAACAGCAUAAUGAAAUGUGACAUUGACAUCCGUAAAGAUCUUUAUGCUAAUAAUGUGCUUUCUGGAGGAACCACCAUGUACCCUGGUAUUGGUGACCGUAUGCAGAAGGAGAUUACAGCUUUGGCUCCCAGUACUAUGAAGAUUAAGAUGAUUGCACCUCCAGAACGUAAAUAUUCUGUCUGGAUAGGGGGUUCCAUAUUGGCUUCUCUGUCAACCUUCCAGCAGAUGUGGAUCAGCAAAGAUGAAUAUGAAGAAGCUGGUCCCUCUAUAGUGCAUCGCAAAUGCUUUUGAGCAUGCUUAUGAUUUACGCUACCUUAUGGUAUUUCACCACAGAAUUUCCUUAGGGAGAGAAUGCAUAUUUUAAGCUCCACCCCCCACCACUGCUUUUUCUGAAAGCACAAUAAAAGGUUAUGUUGAUUCAGUAGAUUGUCAUUUUUGGAUGCCUCAUAUUCACUUCAAAUUAAUUUUUCAAAUGACGGAGGUCCUCAAAAUUAAUAGCAAGAAAGUAUGCAAUUCACUAGUCCUACAAUGACUUCAAAAUACUUUUCUACGAAGUUAAUGUGCUUAGGAAGCUUCUCAGUACUGCCAGGUGGGCAGCAGGUAUAAAGCUUUGUUUUCUGUAACAGAUGGGAAAACCAGUGUAACUACAUUUGAAAUUAGAUUGUUCAGUAUUGCACAAAAUGGCCUAAGUCAGUUGUGAUAACAAACCAUGGCUUGUUGGUGUGAUAGUCAGUAGGCACAAGCCUUGGUCUCUUGUGCUUCCUCCUCCCCUUCCCCUCCCUUUGUGCACAAGGAGAGGAAACAAAAAGCUUCACUUCAUAGUUUGCAACAAAUCACAGUUUCCUGGUUUUGUCCAGAUAUGAGACACUACGGUAUGUGCAGACCACAAUUUGUUCACAAACCAGGAUAUCAGGCCAGAAUUUGAUAAGGCUUUAUUUUGGAGAUGUCAUUAUAAGCAUCUGGUUAAUGUUCUGCUUAUUUUCCUCUUCUUGUUCCUUAGUGCUCUGAGCAAUUAAGUGGCUUUUAAUUAACUUUCUGGUACUGUCCUUGUUAGGCGAAAGUAAUGGUUGCUGAAUAAAUAAUAAUCCAUUCAAAUAUACUAUCAUUGGGAGUUUUAAUGAAUGUGUAAUUAACCAUGUAAUGCUAAUGUGACUUGCAUUGAUUGCAUAGCAACUGGUUUAUCUAUUAAAUAGAUAUGAAUAAGCAA